AUGGGGAAACUGAAUAUUGCUCACCACAAGUCUUAUCAUCCCUAUCGUAGAGACAACAUCGAGCGGGUCCGCAAAGAUGAGGAGGAGGCACGCUUGCGAGAGGCGGUCGAGGAGGGUCGGAUGAUGUUGGCGGACUCUGAAGCUCGCAUGGAUACGUUAAGACAGCGAGCUGGCGCAAGUCGUUUGAGGCCUGGGCACCAGGAGGACGUCCCUGAAGCAGUGCCUCAGGCGGGGUCAUCGACCAUUACCUCAAAAGGGCACAUCAACCUCUUCGAACAUUUAGAACAGGCAUGA